UGGCCAUUGUUAGGUGUUGUGUUUUAGCGUGUCAUGUUUUUGGCGCCGUUGCCGGGGACUUUCUAGAUUAUUAGGAAAGGUAGAAGUUUGUUACUUUAGAAUUUUUCUUUUCUUUUCCACCCUUGCUUUUCACUUGGGUGUUUUUGUUUUUGUUGGUGCAGAUCUUAAUCAUGGAUCCUCAUGGCUUCUCCAAUCAUUGGGGGUAUCCACCACCAUCCGAGUGGUAUUACCCCGAGACCCCCUGGAGCAAUCAAGGAGGAGAAGACUAUGGAUUCGGGUUCCAAUACCAAUCCCCUUACUACGGUGAACAAUUAGACCCCUGGGCAUAUUAAGAACAACCUCCUUAUCAAGAAGACUUUCUCCCACAACCAGAAGGGCCAUCGGAGUUGGAGUUCGCCAUGGCGACCUUCACGACCCAUUCUGCAGAGCCAUGCUACACUCCACAGGAGGAUCGAAACAAACAAUUGAGACUUCUCGUGGAGCAGUUUGCUCGAGACACUGAGAGAUCAUGCCCAAGUUGGAACCUUUUACCCAGGCCAAUGCCCAAACUGAGUUCUCCUACUGUGAAACAGAGGAAACCCUCCAGAGCAUUAAGAAGAGCCUCAAGGAUCUUGAGCAAGUUUGUGCACAGCUUGCUCAAGAUCCCCUUUCUGCUACCAUAGAAGUAGAGGAGGAUGAAGGAGGCUACAAAGACAUUGUGGAGCAUACAGAAGUUAUCACAGAGAACUCCCAUGAUAAUCAUGAUCAGGAAAGUCCUCUGGUUGCAGAUCACACCUUUCCUCAUUUCUGCUCUAACAUGAUGGACCCGAGCGAGGAGAUGCAAGAUGAUCUCAUUGAAGAAAUUACAUGGCGACUUGCUCUCCAAUCUGUUUUAGAAGAAGAAGAGAGAGAAAGGGUGAGGGAAGAAGUUGUGGAGGAUGAGGAAGAAAGCAAAGAAGAGGAAGUUCUUGAUCAUUUCCCAGGGGUGAUACCACAUGAAGAAGGAAGGGAGUUUGAAGAAGCAAAUGGCGUCCAGGCUGAGGACGGAGUUGAGGUGGAAGAGGCCUGCACCAGCCAUGAGUUACAUGUGAUAUCUCCACCUAACUUCGAGGAACUGCUUAGCAAGGACCCAUUUGCAGUGUCUCUUUGCCAGACCAAGGCCACAUCGACAUCGGUUCCUCUUGGCGGACGCGAUGGUGGUCAAUCGAUGCCGUCAUAUCUAGUUUGGGGCAAUGAGACGAGAGAGGAGAAGAAGAGGUGUCGAGGGUGGAAACGUUAUCUGCAUCAAGUGCACGAGCUUUCAUCACCUGUCAUACCACAUGCUCGUGACUUGAGACUCCACCUCAUCGACGAGAACCUCAACUUCAAGGAGGUUUUGGGGUGGAUCGAAACUUAGGAGCCAUCGUCCGGCUCACAACGUGAAAGAAGCGCUUGUUGGGAGGCAACCCAACCAGUCGGUUUGCAUUUCUUUCUCUUUUUCUCCUCGGUUGAGUCAGUUUUGUUAUUUGAUUUUAUAGUCAAUAACUCAACCUUUGUGAGAUUUUGUGUGGUGUUUGUGUUCUAACUACUCUCUCCUCCUGGAAUGCACCGCCUGCCUUGUCCACCAUCAUUCACCAUUGAUCUGGUAACUUCAUUCUACCCUCCUUAUCUUUCCUCCAUUGAGGACAGUGUCGUGCUUAAGUGUGUGUGUGGGGGGGGUGUUUGAUUAUGUAUGCGGGUGAAUGUUGGUUGUUUGUGUGCUUGGAGCCUAGUCCACUGUCCAAAUUUUUAAAUUUGAGGGCUCCAAGUACUUGUUUCCUUGCAAAUUGCCUGCUCAGUAUGCUUUGAAUUGACAGUCUUUAUGGUGAUAUGCAACCUAGGGAGGUAGUUGUAGCACUAUGAAGGAUGUUGAAGUAUAAGAUUUUUCCUAUCUCUCUCUGCUGUGCCAGUUGAUUUUAUGAACUAGUGGAUUUAGGACCGUUGAUUCAUGUGGAAUUAAUGACUCCUUUUAUGUUGUGUUGUGGACUCAUGUAUCGAAAAAGGGUGCUCAAGUGUGAAAUGAAAAAGCAGUUGGUCCUCCAUGUCAAAAUCAUUAAAUCUUAAACAUGGGGUAAGCCCAACGUGUGUGGCACCGUUCAUUGCACAAAAUCGGGUUUUCGAAGAGAUUUUAGUGAUCCUUGGUGGGGUAGGCCUACAAGGUGAAGCUAAGUUGUCUCUAGUACAAGUAAAAUUUCCACCCGUUGAACGCUUUGCCUACUUGAGGAUGUGUUUUUAAGGGCACGGAUAGAGCUUCCGACCCCCCUUAAUUUCAUUGACCCUCCAAACGAGUUGAAGAAAAGGAGUUAAAAGAAGUACUCUGGCGAGCGCCAGAUGUACAGAAAUUGCUCUUGCUCGACUAACAAGGGUCGACCGUGCAAAAGACUGCAGUUGGAACCCCCGCCAAGUGAAUGAAAAGAAAAAAAAGGGGAGUAAAAUUAAAGAGAAAAAGGGGUUCCAACGGUGAAAUGAAGUGAAAGAGCACCCCGGUACAACGAGUCCUUGGUUGUGAAUGGUGUGAGUCUCAUUAUCCAUGAAUUGAAUGUCUUAGUUCCACUGCUUCUGAUGAUCUAAAACACAACACCUAACAAUGGCCAAGUGUAACCAAUGAAAGGGACUGCAGUAUAGUGGCACAAGUAAUAAAUAUCGAAUCCACGGGUCUCUAGAGUUACUAUUACUCAGCUUCAGUUCAUUAUCUAGCAAACUAGAUUAAGGAUUGAUUAACUAAACUACUCUACUAACUAAACUAAGUAAAACUACUAAUUACAGUUUGGGAACUCACUUAGGUAUGAUUCCCCCUAACUCCUCAAUUAGGUCCAAGCUGUAAUUCUUUUUGGUUGAUUUACUGUUGAUUAAACUGCGGAAGAUCCGACAGUAGCUUGGAAUCUCUUAAGCUGACCAAGCCCUCUCAGUCUAACUAUCCGGCAGACGACUAGUCUUCACCGGGAUAGAAAGCUGAAGCAAUAAGCACAGAACUCCACUACUGGAAUUGGAUUCCAGUACAAAGCAGUAAACUGGCUAACUCUCGUAUAGCCAUUCUCCUACUACCGAAUGAUGAGACUCUAGCAACCUAAUCAGAUUCUAUCUAUCUCAGAUUGCAGCAGGAAUCAGGAAAAGUUGAUCAGACUUCAAUUGACUCAAUAAACAUGCAUCAUUCGA